GUAGGUAGAGGAGAAACAGAGGAGCACUGCCAGGUGUCAAAGCACCAGAGAAUAACUGUGCACGUAACUAUGGUGGCUGUAGAGUUUACCAACUUGUAGGGGACAUAUGAAGACCUGCAGAAGAGGAGAGGACCAGGGCUCACAUCGUCCGGUUUGUUGCUGCAGCUGCUAAUUCCCUCACCGUCUCGCUCUCCAUUCAUCGCCCAGUUUCAUUACCUUUUGCUAAUGUUUCAACUGACUGCACAGGACUUUGACAGAGCUUUUGAAGCAGCCAGGGGAAGCAGGAGCAGUGGACGGAACUGGGGUUCAUCAUCCUAUAGGGACCAACGGCAUCUCUGCCAGGGCGCUACGCUCCAACAACGAUCAUAACCACUUGAACAACGCAGCCUUGUCUCCCCUGGGUCCAGCCAUGGCCUUGUCUCACCCUCACAACAACCUGGGAAUCGGCUUCAACAAGUACACCUCACUUAAGGCUGUGGACACGGCUGCAAGAGACUACUACAAGAGCUACCCAAUGGUAGAUUACACCCACCGCCAGUCCCCUCCCACUUUCCAGCCAAUUAACUUCCAUCCCAAGGACAAGCCCUUCCUCCCACCACCUGACAUCCAUGCGCCACUUGCCAUCACCAUCAACGCCUCCCAAAUCCCCAAGCCUAAGAUCUCCAAGACCAACACCCACCCACUCACCUCUAGCUCGGCCUUCAAAGUGUGGGACCCCAGCAAGAGCCACGUCCCGCACCCAGCGGCCUCCCACAUGACCCUCCAGGGGCAGCAGCAUCACCCCAUCCAACAGCAGCAGCAUCAGCCGCUGCACCAGCAGAACAGCCGUCGCCAGGCCUACUCCAACAAGAGGCAAUUCAGCAUUGAGACGCUGCCCGAGCUCUUCUCGCAGCCGCUGGGCUAUGGCCACUCGCCACAUGUGCACCCCAAGCACAAGGGACUGCCCACCAACAGCAAGACCGAAGUCACUGUCUGAACAUGGGGAUGAGUGGGUGAAUAGACAGAAGAGGAGACAAAAGAAAACCAAGCGGAGUCGUAAGGGAAAUGUUCAGAUAUCUUUUAUAUCUACAGCCAUCGUGGCAAGACAGGAGCAAGUAAUAUCGUAUCUGGAAUUUUUAAAUUCUGCAUUUUCCUCAUCAUUGUUGACAAUACUAAUAAUAAUGUGAGCGGUACUUUUAAGACCACUGGAUCAAAACAACAGCAGCAGCGGAUAAGCUGUGAAGGUGGUGGGUUGGCAGGUGUUGGCUGCCACUCUUUGAACCUGACGGCUCUUCUAAAUAAUUGAGUGGCCUCUCGGUGUGUUGGCACAGCUCUGUCCUCCUUCUCCUCUCAACCCGCCCUGCACCUCAAUGACACCACGCGCAAAUGUUAAAAUCUCACACACUAGACACUAUUUACAUCACAAACUAACCCACACUCCAAGGCUGUCAGUGAGGCUGGUAGGGGAGUGUUUCCCCUAAGACUCUGGCUUCCCAUCAGCAGAGACAAUGCCAUUGUGUUGUCUGCUCCCAUUGCCCUCCAGCCCUCCGGAGAGUGAGAUAUCAGCCUGGCAAUUUAUACCAGGAAGGAGGGUGUGUGUGUGUGUGUGGGGUGGGGGAGUUAUUCAUCUCAUUCCAGGGGCAAAUGAGAUGAGAAGGAUCUGAACCAUGUGCGCACACACACACACACACACACACACACACAAACACACUUGUCAACAACUAUAGUUCCCAACAGUGUCACAGACCCCUGACACACAAACAGACACACACUUCCACACACUGAUCCUCACAAACUGGGGAAAUGAAUAAGCAAGCUUUCUUGUUGGUAUUUGUAGUGGUUUGUUGAGCAGCUAAUUCCAGCCACCAUCUCUUGUGUUGCUGCGGAUGUUUACCUGUAAAGAAACCCCAGGAUGUGUCACGAUGCCUAAAAAAAAAAGGGGGGGGGGGGCAUGUAUCCAGAAAGGUCAUUACAAAGUCAUUGCAUUCUCCCUCUCUCUCUCUCUGCUCUGUUUCACAAAUGAGACUUUGUUUGUGUCCAAGAAAUAUCAGCCAAUGCUGCAUGCUUGUACAGGCAUUUGGUUAUACCAGGAGGUGAAAUUACGAUACGUAAGUACAGAUCAUGCACUUCCUCCAAGAUCCACUUUAGUGUAUUCUGGCAACACAUACGUUUGUUUGCCAAGAAAUGAUUUCAUAAUCAGACACUAAUGAUCAACAGACUCGAAUGAUGUGUUUUGAUGUAGGAAGAGAAAGCAGUGAUGCGUUACAGGAACACCUUUGUGCAGCAUGGCUGUUCCUUACAAACAGUUGUUUGAUAUAUGUUUUUAAUGCUGCAAUGCUAACAUAACCUGAGAGGCUGAAACCACUUGUCAAUGCACUGCAAUUUACUUUACCCCCUGUUAAUGAAGCACCCACAAUGAAUGACUGCUAUCAACUAGCAAACAAAGAACAGUUCCUGAAUUUAAUCCAGCCAAACACAGCUUGCUUCUUUGGAAUGGAGAUGGUCAAAUCUUGAGUUUUGAAUAUGGACAAAUUGACAGUGUUGAGCUUAUUAACAUAUUAUACAACACAGUAUAAUAACACAGUAACACAGUAAUGUGAUUAUGUUUUUCAGUAAAAAGCAGUACAAGAGAUUGCAAGAGAUUGUAUUGUAAGAGAUUUUACUAAUUCCAGAUGCUUUGCUUCAUUUGGCAGACACAUGCACAGUCCGGGGUGUGAAACAACACAUCAGCUAUGCAGUUCCUUGUUGAUGAUUGGUUCUGUUUCUUUCCUAAACACUCUGAUAGUCCAAAAAACAACAUAUUUCUAAAAAUCUAAAGAACAAAAAACAAGCAGAAAACAGCACACAUGCUCUACAGUGGCGACAUGUAAUCAUUAUUAAAUCUUUAGCAAAGAAACAUGUUCAGCUUCUCCUGCUUUCUUCCUCUACAGAGCGCUUUCAGUAGAUUUGCCCACAGCACCCACUUCAGUGUCAGGGGUCACCCCACAAACCAUACCCACCGAUGUGUUACUUAGACAAUUUGUUGGUUGACUUGUUUGUUGUCUUACUGUGAGUUGGAUGGAGCAUUGAUAUCAGUUCAGUAUAUUUCAAUCUGGCGUAUUUCCCUGGUGAGCAAUGGCUGCUGGAACACAACCAGGUUCCUGAGGUAUGAUGUCUUACAGGAUGGUCCAGUUACCUUUAUGCCUCUGCCUCAGUUCUCUGCCAUUUGAUUUAGCUCCUUGUUUGUGUUUAGUAGACCAUCAGAGUGAAAAAACUAAUCUGCCAUUGUAUGUAGUUUUGGUUUUGCAGUUAUUGAUGUUUAUUUGGAAAACUGUGGGAGACUCUCAUGUAAUGUAUGUUGUGCACCGGUAUACAUUGCUCGAUAUAUGUUGUUUUACAUGAGUCCAGGUACCCCAAAACUUUGCCAUGGUAGGUGGCAAGUGUUAAGUUAGCACAGACUAUAGUCAAAAUAGCCACAUUUAUGGGAAAUACACAAAGAUGAAAUAUGCUGGAAUUUAUCUUUUAAAGUCACCUUUGAGGAAGCUGGGCUGAUAACCAAAGUAAUGUGAUGAGUUAUGUAAGCAAUUACUUCAGCUGACAAGUUAUUAGUAACUACUUUUUCAAGGAGCAAUAUAGUACAUUUUCAAGUAACUUGUCCAACACUGGUUAUUGAUGGCUUCAGUCUAAAAAUUCAAAAUUGCUCCCAGCCUUCAUAAUCCCUCCACACCACAUAUUCUCACCUCCACCUUCAGUGAGUCAGAACAGUCUGACUCACUGAUUGAAUUCACCUUCAUUUGUUAUCAUGAGGACACCAGCUAUGCCGCAGUGCAUAUGCCUGGCACAUGCUACAGCACAUCAGACAGGUGGUGGAACCUAAUCAAACAGCAGCGCUUACCAGAGUCACACACUAUUUAGCACUUUUUCUUGCUCACUCGCUCUUUCUGACGCUCUCUCUUUUUUUAAAAAUUGGCUCUCUGUCUUUAUCUCACUUUUUCCUGCUCCCUAGCUGACUGUCACCUACCCCCACACCCAACCUCCCUCUGCACAUCCAUGUCCAUGGUUGAGUGAUGGGUACAAAGCACUUGUCUAGUUUUUGGUACCCAGUGUUGGUAAACCAUGAUAUUCUCACUGGGUCCUCUUCAUAUGCGUGUGUGCAUGGGGGAGAGAAGUAUAAUUAAUGGCAGAGUCAGUCACAGCAUGGCAGGCUCCAGAUUUCCUCCCUGGUACACCAUUUCACUCACACAAACUUGAGCAUGAUUACACUCAUACAAAAGGAAAUGCACACAAACUAGCAUCCACAAACACAGGCUGGGACAUCAAUGGCCAGAUGCUUCGCAAUGUAUUAUUCACAUCUGGAGAUUUUCCAGUGCCAACAAGCUACUUUUAAAAAUGAACCAAGUGGAUUUUAUGUAACAGAGAUUUUAAUUUUUGAAUUCAUUGAUUUUUACUUGCAAGCAGAAACGUCAAUCAACCAAAUUCCCCAAUUUGCGUCUCAAUUUUAUGGAGCCAUGCAUGGACACAAGCAAAUAAAAUGAGCAACAAAGUAAAACUUUAACGAGAGAGAAUAAAUUAGCAAUAUAAUGUGUGUUUGCAAUGCUGCAAUGGCUCUCUACUUUACCUCUGCAAGAUGUGAAAAACCUGUUAGGCAAGCUGUUGGAGUGGUGCUUGGGAGCUGUUGGCAUGCUUUUGUAAUAAGGGAUCAGCAGAGAAUGGGGGAUCAUGAAUACAAAAGCAUCAAUGGGAUAUGCAUGGUGUGAAUAUGCAUCAAACACAUCUGCGCUUAUGCUCUCGCCAGUGCUGUAACACAGUAUGUAACGUGCCAUGUCGCAGGAGGUUUCUUCUCCAUGGCUUCCCCAUCUCUUUGACUUUUAUUCCCACGAGGUGCCACACUUUUAGUGGGUCACUUCAUAUAAAAAGCUUUUUCUUGGCCUCUAAAAGCCCUACCAAAAGAUUCUGUGGGGUCUGUUCUUAAUCACUCGGAAUGCAUUAGAGGUUGAGAAGAAACGAGGAAUGACAGCGAGUAAACAAGCAAUAUGCAUCAGUAAAGCAAUAAGCGCCCAACCGUCCUCACCCUCCUUAUCUCUGUCUGUCUGUCUAUGGAGCGCUCCUCGGAGUUUAAGGGUGGGUGCUAAUGAGGGUGUGGGUGUUAAAACCACGGGGAGAGCCGAGCAAAAGAAUGGGCUCUGCAGAGGGCUCGGGAGCAGAUGAAGGAGAUGAGACAGAAAAGAGGAACGGGGUUGCAUGGACACAGCUGAUAUGGCAGUGGUUGUUUUUCAUUCGGAUUUGUCUGGGUCGUCUAAAAACAUCAAUUCUGGGUUUUAUCUCUCUUGUGUUCUAAAACAGCCAGCUCUCAAAAGCAUUCUGUGACUGUAGCUUAAAGGGAAAGUUGAUCUUUACUCUCACAAAGUUAUUGCUGUGGUCGGGUCUUGGAGGAACGGGACACUUUCAUGCUCAUAAAACUCUGGCUGACCUCUGGGGUUGUAACGCUACUGCUAACAAAUAGCACUUGAGGUUUAACACGAAGGCAACACUUUCACCAGGAUUUACAGUUGAUGAGCGGAGUUCAUCAGGACAAACAGAGCCUGAGGACAGGCCACCAGCAAAGUUAGAGACUGACAACUUCUUCUCAAUUUUAAUCACAUUCUGUUGGCUGACACGGCUCACAAUGAUUGGCCGACAGAGUUUAAGCAAGCGCUGUGAAUGGCUGAUUCUUGAAUAUCCUUUUGCUCUUUGGGAGAUCCGCAUUCAGCGGUGCCACAAUCACACGAAGCAAUCAUGCUGACGUGCUGGAAAACUGACACCUUUCUGUGUUAAUUUCCCCGUGGUCAUACAUCCUGAAUCCAGGAUUUUUUUUCCCCUUCAAUGCUGGAUGGACUUCUAUGACUCCCUUCAGGCAAAAGCAAUGCCUGGAAAAACAGCUGGUGAAGCUGAAUAAAUGAGACUGAAAAAGCCUCCGCUGAGCCACAGUUUUGCCUCUGUCACGGACAAUGUAAAUACUUGAACACACGCACAAACAUACACAUGCACAUAACACAGGAAACAAGGAGCCACAGAGGUGUAACACUAAUUAUAUCUUCCAUACAAUGUCCACAACUUUGUGGUACGAAACAGGACCAAAAGCCUUGAAUCAGGAGAAACUGAGUACACCUAACUGAUGCUUCAACAUCCAAAACAGUGAGAAUGCUGAAACUGUUUUGGAUCAUCAGCUUAGAGUGCAUUUACUCAAUCUCCCCUGAUUAUAAACAGACUAUGGCGUCGCUUGCUCAUCUCAGAGCUAACUGACUGUUGUUUGUAAAACGUCCUCUAUAUAAAAAGAAACAAUGCAAGUAUUCUACCGCAGGUUAUCUGAAUGCAACCUGGUAGACAUACUUGGGCUCCAUGAUCCCUAGCAAUAUAUAGAUUAUGGUGUAUGGUUCAAUUGUUUCUUUGUUUCCUGUCAGUUUGUUUUCGUUUUUUGUUUUUUUUGUACUGUGUUUUUUCAAGGAUUGAACUCCUGUCAAAAAAAGGUUUAUUUGACCAAUGGAAAGUUAAAAGUGCUUCCAGAUUUUAGACUCAUGACUGCGCACCCCUCAGCCCUCCCUCAGCCCUCCCUCCCACUCACCCCUCCCCCUACCACCAGGGGAUGUCAUACGUUUGAAGCUUGUGAUCUUUUGAGUUACAUUGUAUGAUAUACAUGCAUACAUGUAUUUAAUGUUUAAAAAAUAUUGCAUUGUAUCCAAGUGCUUUGCCAACACAUUAGCUGAAAGACAAAAGGAAGAUUCAGUGAUUUCUUGUACAGCUUUUGCAUCUGCAAAAAAAGGAAAAAAAAAAAAGAUAAUAAUAAUCAUGCGUUGUUUCAUGAUAAUUUGUAACAGGCAGCAAUAGGCUGCCUUGAAUUGCUAUGUACUACUUGUGUAUAUAUGUAUGCUGUACCACUUGUCUGCUGUGAAAUUUGUUGACUACUCAGCUUAUAUAAGGGCUUUUUAUAGAUAUAAAAGCAGACUGGGCAAUCUGACGUCACUCUCUGUAACUCAAGACAAAUUUCUCUAGAAGAUUUUUUUUUAGGGAUGAAGGGAUAUGAACUCAAUUUUCAUGCAUACAUAAUAAUGCUAUAUAAAUAAAGUUUUGACUGUCUGACUUAAAUGUCUAUAGGCACUCAUACGACGUUGGCCCAUGUGUCCUGUUUGAAUAAAUCUUUCAAGAAAUACAGCAUUCAUUUGUU